AUGGUUAUCUUGCAUAUUUUGCGUUUCAGGCCUAUCUGGAAAGGCAGCCCAAUGCGCUCGUCACAUGAAUUCGGAAGCAAACAUCAGCAUUACAAGAAGGGUGCAUCAGCGCCGGUUCCUCACUUGUCUGCAAAGGCACUAGUAGCGUCUGAAUCUCCUGAAGCACCACGAAGUAGUGGCUCUGCCAAGCCACUCUCUGGGCAUUCAGGCAGCACUGGUGGACUCCAUCCACCUCUCGAGGGAAGGCGAUGUAGAUCACGAGUAUCAGGCAGCAGCGUUUCUAAUGAACAUCAACGUUCUAGUACAUCAUCUUCACUGAUAUCUUCUUCACCGAAAGUAGGACCUGCUCUUGGUGAUCCAGUGAGAAGCUCUCUUCGUGAUGGAAUUAUUUCAGGUCACGCUUUGGCUUCUGCCAGCUCUGACAGAAAUCUUCUGAUGCUAGGCGCUGCAGGAGAAGCAAAGGGGUCUCCCAUUGUAUCGGUUGGCCGGAAGAUUGGAAACAGGUCUCACCAAACAAGGGAUGAUCUGGCUACGAAGGCUCUGGAUGCAAGCACUUUAAGCGGCAUGUUCAGCAUGUUAGGAGCCUGCGCAGCAUUACCUGGAGCCGCAGCCCGUCGUGCAGAUGCCCAGAAAAACGUUGAUGACGACACUUCUGGAAAUACCCGUAAUGCAGGAGAGGCAGAUAGCCCAAAGGCUAAGCACAAACAAUCUAAAAAGCUCUCUGCAGCAGUAGCAGCUGCAGUCUCUAUGAAGGACCCAAGCGAAUUUAGACCUCUAAGGCGCGGCAGUCAGGGUAGUUCGCACCUCGGGGAACAGUUUGAGGGAGGGUCUUUUAGCCCUCCCGCUUGUCUCAGCAGGAGCAGAGGUUCCGAGUCUAGCGAAAAAACAGAUUCUGCGGCAUUCAGGAGCAAGAUCGGAUCGCCUGCGUCCAUCCGGGCAGAUCAUACGCCGUCACCUGAAAGACGAGACCCUUCGCCGCGUCCAGAGCACAUGAGAGCUCGACGCACAGUUUCAUUGGGAGUAACGGAGCCGCCUGCUAGACACAAGGUUGCGGCUCUUCAAGGAGAUGAUGGGGCUGAUCAACACGGCGAGCCUUCUUCCAAAACUCAUGAGGAAAUCCUAGAGGACUCUGCGGGGACGCUUAGAAAAAGGGAAGAUUCAGGAGUCACGCUUAGAGCCGCACGCUUGCCUGAGGAGCGCUACACCUGUGAAGCAGAGUGCAAAGCUGUCUUAGAAGCUGAGAAUUUAACGUCGCCGCUCCGCAAGAACGAUGAAGGUUCAAAGGGCAAAGUAGACGCUCCUGAAACAUGCCGAAGCAGAGAAAAUGUAAAUCCCCGUCGUAGCCCACGGAGCCGCAGUAGCAGCGCAGAGCCACCUUUCUCGAAGGUACCCUCUUCCCAAGGAAACACCAGAAGCCACAAGCCACAUCAGCCCAAUGAGACACAUGAAACAAGAAAAUCAAGUGACGCUGAACAACGGCAUGGGCAGGAUAGAAUUUCUAGGACUUCCCACCAUGGAGACACUGAAGCUGAAGCACCACCCCGGGCGAUGGGCCAACAAAGCCAAAUACUAACCGAACAAUUAACUUUGCAGGACAGAUCUACAAAAGAUAGAAGAAUUGAAUCGUGCAGAAGCAGCAGUAAAGAAGAACUCAGAACAGAUGAUCAGCAGAGGUCUAAGCAGCAUCUUCAGAGUGGAGUACAACAGGAAUGCACCAAAACGCAGGAUGAACAGACGGCGUCUGCAGCGGCUCUGCUUGCUGCCGCUGCAGGCGUUGUCGAUGCCUCUCUUCAGCAGCAACAGCAGAUGAUACAGCGCCAGCGGGAACACCACGAAGAUCUCCAGAGGGCGCAGCAGCGGCGGAUCGACAUGCUGCAAGAACAGCUCGAAACUCUUCAAAAGACCAGAGAAGAGCAACGAGAAUCUGGAGAGCAACAGCAAAGGAAACUCAUUGAAACGCUGCAAACAAAGCUGGAGGAGCUGCAAAGGCGACAGGAGCAGCGGGAACAGGAUCUGCAAGAAGCUCAACGCAGGUUGCUCCAACAAGAGCUGGAAGUGCAGCUGAAGCAGAAAUUGGAAGAACUGAGGUGUUCUUCUGAGAGACAAAUUGUAGAUACUGCGGGAACGUGUUCUGUACGGAAUGAUCUUCGAGGCCAGCGUUCACAUCGACACGAGCCGGAGUUUCGGACACAAAGGCUCAGUUGCGAGCAACGAGGCAAAUCCUGUGAAACUGUGACAAAUGAGGGAAGCCUGCGUCUGCCAGCUCAGCGAGACAACGGCUGGAAGCGAACGUCCGAUGCCCACCCGCAUACGUCAUCUGGAAAUUUCACGGGUUCAAUUGCUAGUCAUAGUGACCAGCUGCUGCCAAGGGGAAAGUCUGAUGACAACACUUUGGCGUGUCACUGUGGCAAAUUGGAGCAUUUUGGAGGUUUUGGAGGAAUGCAUGCCUGCAGUUCAAACGCACAGGCUCUGGAACAGCACGCCUUCAACGCUUCAAGCAGGGGCGUGUGCGUUCCUGAUGAUGGGUCCAGCGGCUCUGAAGAGACGUCCAGUUGUGCUAGCAGCAGUCUUAUGGGCAGCCAGUGCAGCUUGCCGCUUCAUAGCUGUGUAGUCGAAGAUGCGACCACAACCACCAGCAGCUCAUUCAUCAGCCAUUCUGAGAAGCCAGGAGCCUCCCCUUCCAUGCCGUCUCAGCGUGGUUCAUACCUAGGUACCGACGGGUCAUUCGAAAGGCAAAUCAACGCUCUUGCAGGCAAUCGUCUCGCAUAUCAGGGGGCAGGGCUGCAGGGAAGGGAGAGUGUUUUACAUAGGCAUACGCGUCUGCGACCUCAGCCAUCGGAAUCGAUUUCUGCUUCUCCCCAGAGUAUGCAGGCCAGCCCGGGGCCCCCGGAUUCUAUCUUGUCUUCAUGUGUAGUGCAACGCAUCAACAGCUCGGCCGGGUCCUUGUGGAGCCCCAAAGCAUCCAAAAGUCAAGCAACAGGCAUUGGGGAUCGUGCACCUCGUUGCGCUGCCACUAACGCAGCCCCGUCGCUUGCAGAUUCAGUCUCCAACUUCAAUUGUGGGAGUAUGACUCCAUCUGCAGGUCGCCAGGAGUUUCUGCUCCAGGGAGAGCGUCGCUACAGCUCUGGCGGUUUGCGCUAUCCGUCUGACCAGGAGCAGCUACUUCGGGACAAUGGAGCAGGCCUAAAUAGGCCACAGCUGUCUGCGCACCAUCCCGUCUCACGAGCUGAAAGAGCAUUUGCACUGCAGCAGACACCAAUUGACAGUGCCCGUUUCCUGGGCGGUAGCCGCACGGGCGAGAAGUGCCAGACCCUCUCUGACAUCUCUCGGCAUCAGCAAGGUACUUUAUUAGCUCGAGAUUCCCACUUGCCUGCCCCGCCGGCAUCUGCACGGUCUCUUGCUUCCACGUCGUCUGCCGUAUUGCCUGCCCAGAGGUCGUUAUUAGCUCAUGCAACCAAGCUUCCACCUUACUCGAGAGAUCAUAGCAAGUGUUCUCUUGCGUCGUCGGACUUUUUGGGAGUUAGUUCUGCGCGCAGUAGUACAGGCCGUCGACACGGGGAUCCCCGCAGCUCGCAAAACUCUGAUGCGAAACGGUCUAGACACAGCAAGAGCGGCGAAACCCAGAUGCCGUGUUCUCCAGGUCGUCCAAGGAGCGAAUCGGGGGCUAGAACCACUAGAUCUCUAAAUACUGGGCACGAGUCAUUGCUUUAUGGCCCUAGGCGAACAGUCAACCCUUUGCUGAGCAAGCAACAGUGCUCAACGGCAUCUGAAUACCGUUCACCUAGACAACGGGAAAAUUUGGCGUUCAGCACAGCUGGAACGGAUGUCCCCGGAUGCGGACAUAAGGAAUCAGCAACACGGCUAGAUGGCAGCGGAGCGGCUGCUGUGUCCUAUCGCCGAACGUCAACCAGCGCAACAGCACCAGAUGCAGAUUUAUCACGUUAUUCUUCCCGUCAUCGCCAGAAAAUGCGUCAUGGGACCAACAGGGAAGAUAGACCGGAUGAAAAGCGGGGGCGCGAAGAAGAUAAAAAAUCUGAGAUCUCCACAGGUGGAAAUCCACACAGCGCAGCCCCGCUGUCUGUGGGCUGGUCCGGAUUCAACGGUAGCUUUAUGAGCCAGGUGCAAAAGUGGAUCAGCUAG